AUGGUGGCCCCGGGCGCAAGGAGGCCAACCCGGCCAAGUGCCGCUUCCCAAGAGGCGAUGCAGUCGCGAGCCGAGUCGCUCGCGCUCGUCGAGGAGCGCUUCCGGGACUUUGACGUGGUGUGGGCCAAGGUCCACGGCUUUCCGUGGUGGCCCGGCGUGCUCUUCUUCUCGUGGGACGUCGUGCGCCGCGCUGGCAUUCGCAUUGACCCGAAGAUCAUGGAAGAGCUGGUCGUGCCUCCGCCCGAGAGGGUGGAGCAACCGCUGGACCCAGCGACGCGCCGGUUCCGUCUCAAGCGCCACUGCCUCAUUAUGUUUCUCGACAAGUUUAACUUCUCGGUCGUGGAAAUCGACGCUACGUGCGUUGCGAGCUUUACGACGCACUACAACAUGUACGAGCGCGCGGUGAUGGGCGGCAAGGGCAGCCGAAAGAAGUCAGAGUUCAAGCGCGCGCUCGUCAAGGCGACGCAGUUGCUGCACAUGGGAAAAGGCGCGCACGUGAACGACGACCUCGCCAUGCUGGCGGAGCCAAGUCCAAUGGAGAGGGGAGGCUUCUUUGGAGACGAUGCGGAGAUGGAUAGUGAGGAGGAAAAACAAGACGAAACGCUGGAUAAUAUGACCGACGGUCUGAACAAUGAAGACGCGACAGCUGGUGUCGUGGAAAAGAAGGCUGGCGAGAAGAAUGCAGUAGAAAAAUUGCAGCGAAAAUCGGUGGCUACGAGAGGAAGUGUGAUGGAGGCGAAGGACGUUGCAGGCGACAGUGAUGUGAUGAGUGUGGCAACGGCCAGGCCACGACAUAGGGUGCUACCAGUAGAGGCUAGAUCACGAGGUCAAAAGCCGUUGCGAAGGGAAGUUCUUAGCGCAGUACAUGUUGCUCGUGCAUCGCGGUCGCCGCCCCUGAUCAAUUUGACCGAUAGUCUGGAGAGGAAGCAACGUGUGGUCAACUAUAAUAGAGCAAGCGGCCGAGGGUCAGGAAAACUCCUGGAGGUCAAGAAAGCAAGAAUUGCUGCCGGGACGGACAAUCUGGCAUCAAAAAGCACGGGAAACAGCCGUGCCGAAGUGUCGGUGAGGAAGGACAUGGGCGACGUACCGAAGCGCUUGACUGGUCGAAGUGAUGGCCAACAGCUUGACAAAGUUGCAGAUAACGAGAAGCCAGACAAUUUGGUGCUGACACCGUUAUCUAGCAUAUGGACGACAGGGUUGUCGAACGAACCAAGUGCUGAAUCUAAGGUGCAGACGUCACAGGCAUACAAGCAAGAUUUCUUAUGGGAUAGCGCUGUGUUUUCCAAUGAGCUCAGUCUGGCUGAGAAAAAGAUAGCUGUCAUUGAACGCAAGCAGAUGGAGGACACUGGUGUUUUACAUGAACGCUUGUCGGGCAAACGCCAGUCACGGUCUGCUCAGCAAUCGCACAUUCGUCAUCAGAUGGUGGCAGGAGAUUUGGACCCCCACACGAUGGUGCAGUGUGCUGCUUAUCGCCCAAAAGGAUGCAUAGAUGACCCGAGUAGCCGCAGUCGUGGUGGUCCCAUGCUCGAUCCUCCAUUCCGGGUUAUGGUGCAUCCAGACGCAGUGUUUGUGGCGGACCUUCAUGCGCACCUUGCAACGUGCGAAAUCAUUGGCUUCUUAGGGGGCAAGUGGGAUGAAGCAUUGAAAACACUGUACAUCCAGGCUGCAUUCCCUUGCCGCUCGCUUGUCAUUGACGGCGAUGACGGCUCUACUGACGUGGAGAUGGAUCCAGGCAGCGAGAUUGAACUUCGCAGCAUUAUUGAAAAUGCACAAUUGGAGGUUGUAGGCUGGUAUCAUUCGCAUCCGGCAUUUGCACCUGAUCCGUCUGUUCGGGACAUUGAGAACCAAACGAGCUAUCAACAACUGUUUCAGCGCCCGUGCAAGAAUAAUGAAGUAGAUGCCAACAGCAGGCCUUCAGAACCAUUUGUAGGUCUGAUUGUUGGGACGUACGAUACUCGACGAAGUACGCCUGUAAGUCUCUUUCGCUACUUUCACACACGUGGAGAGAAAGUGAGUGGUGCUGCACGCCGUGAGAUCCAUAUGCCAUACGAAUUUAUUCCGGAGCGAUGCCACUUCCGAAGUGUGCUGCAAGAAGAAGAACGCAUUAGGACACGAUUGUUCCCCCUGUAUGAUUCAGUCGUGCAGCACUUUGGUUUCGAGCUGGCAGCUUUUCAGAGCAAAUUACCCGUGAAGAAUAAGUCCACCAUUACUACGCGACGUACAAUGCCUGGGUCAUCGCGAAGAAGAAGCCGUGGCACAUUUGGGAAGCGCAAACAAAGAUCUAGCAUUGCUGGACACAGGCCAUUGAAGAAGGCUAGGGCAAGAAGUAGACCCUCUUUGCGCUCAGUUUUGGCUACGAAGGGUCGAGCUGGCCAGGGCGGUGACGAUGACGAUGAUAAAAUGAAGCUACAAGUUUGUAAAGACGAAUCGUGGACAUCAACAAGUGCACUCGAGGAUGGCGACAAUGAGAGCAAUAACGAGAUCAUGAAGCGAGAAAAAGUGACCCUACACACUGUCGGCAACGAAGAAAAGACGACUGCAAUUGUAUCAUCGUCAGAUGUCGCUAACGAGAACGCAGGCAGCGACACCGUUUCUCUGAACAAUUUGCAGUCAGAGGUUCACAGCGCAGACGAACGCGUGAGUGACGCCCCCUCAAACGUUUUCGAAAAUACUGAUGCCGCUUUUAGGAGUGUAAAUGGGUGCAGAAUGCUGAGUGAAUCCCAGGAUCCCAAGGGAAUUGACGAGGCAGUCGUUGGUUUGGACGUGGAUCAGUACAAGCAAUCGUUGAACGAAGUUGGUGUCGAUGUAUCACCUCAUGACUUGAUAGCUUCCCAGGAAGUGAUGCAGCAGGCGGUCAGCGAGUCAGAUGAAGCAGCAAAUGGAUGGAAGGUUGAGCAUGCAGUUGCUACAGCAAAGGACACAUGCAUCACGCAAUCGUCGUUGGCCCCUCCUUUAUCUGCUGUAGUACCCGGUCCAUCAGCAUCGACGGACAGCAUCAUUUUCGGUCGAAAAAGAACCCGCAAACCCACGAAAACAACGAAACAUAGUAACCGGUCUACGUCCCCCAGCAGUGACCGACCAAUGCCCGGCAUGUCUCCCAAUCAGACCAAAAAAACUCCAGUCCAGACACUUUAUGAUGCGUUUCGGAUAUCAGGGCCUCAUUUUGCGAACGGAGAUACACAUGAGGGUACCGCGCAAUCACUCGGUCACGACGACGGUCCACAAGUCGACAGCACAUUGGCAGAAAGCCUGCAGUAUAUAUCCGUCGAUGAAAUCAUGGAUAUGACUGUACCUAGGCAUGUCUGCAGCCAACCCUCAGCUGUAGGGAAAGAUGAUAUGGCGCCCUUGACAGUAACGAGUACCAGGGAGAGUGAUCGCAUUACUGAAGAAGUUCGAGUUUUUGUGGCUUCCUUGGUGGAGAAGGUGGUAGAACAGGUCGCUUCAAAGAUCACUGCUGGAUUAAGCUUACGAGAUGAAAAAGAAAAAGCAUCGUUUCCACAUAAGGAUGUGCCGAACAGGUCUUCUGACAGCUCCACAGCUGAGGUGUUCGUACACAGCCAUGCGGAUGUUAAGGUGGCAGGCUCAAGCGUAAAGUCCGAGCCUGGCUCGCAUGCUGGUGUGGCUGAACGUAGUGUCUGUGCUGGUUUACAGCUUUUCGGAAGCAAAGGUGAGUGCGAAGACAUCCAGACAUCCUUGCAGAAUAUGGCAGAUCAGUUGGACAAACCGAAGUUGUCCCAGUCCGCUAGGCCAAGUGCAGCCGCAACAAACUCUCAGCAAAACCCGAUAUCUGCUAUAGAGUCUAAGCUUGUGGUGGCCAAGGUAGAGCCGGUGCAAGACGAAUGUGGAGUUGAGCGAGACCAUCUUGCUGCGCUGCGAACAAAGUACGGUGCAGGUGUAAGCAGGUGUGCUGAGCAAGCGAUCACUCUGGUGGAUUACUACCGCAACUUCGAGCGACGCACCGACCUUCACGAGAUUUGGAAAUCACGGAUAACGAAGCUGGAGAAAAUCGAGAGCUCUCUGUCAGAAUACGUUCAAUACCUCAAUAUUCCAGUAGUCCUUCGACACGACUUUGUCCAGGAUCUUAUUCAAUACCUGCGCAGGUCUUGGGCGACAGCAGACCGACGAUGA